AUGUGCCCGUCACCUGGUGCCCAGCCCUGCAGGUGUGACCUGCCGUUGCUGACCCACCGUGCAGCCCUCGGUGCCCAGCCUGCAGGUGUGACCCUGGUGCCCAACCCUGCAGUUGCCCAACCUGCCGUGCCCAGCCUACAGGUGCCCAACCCCCUGGUGCCCGACCUACUGUUGAACCCUACCGUUGCCAACCCUGCCGUGCCCAACCCUGGUGCCCAUCCUGCCAGUGCCCAGCCCUACCGUUGCCCUGCCCUCUGGUGCCCAUCUCUGUGCCCAGCCCUGCAGUGCCCAGCCCUGCACGUGCCCAGCCUACCGUGCCCAGCCCUGCGUGCCCAACCCUGCCGUAGCCAACCCUGCCGUGCCCAACCCUGCGUGCCCAUCCUGCGUGCCCAGCCCUGCCAUGCCCAGCCCUGCCCGUGCCCAACCCUGCAGUGCCCCAACCCUGCCGUUGUGACCCUGCAGGUGCCCGUCCUGCCGUGCCCUAACCCUGCGGUGCCCGUCCCUGCUGGUGCCCAGCCUGGGUGCCCAGCCCCUGCGUGCCCAGCCCUGCCAUGCCCAGCCCUGGGUGCCCAACCCUGCAGGCCAGACCUGCGGGUGCCCAGCCCUGGGUGCCCAGACCUGGGUGGCCGACCUGCCGUGCCCAACCCUGCAGGUGCCCCAGCCCUAGCCGUGCCCAGCCUCACCGUGCCCAGCCUGCCAGCCUUGACCCUGCGGUGUGACCCUGCCGUGCCCGCCCUGCUGUUGACCUGCGGUGCCCAGCCUCUUGGUGACCCUGGUGCCCAGCCCUGCCGUGCCUUGCCCUCUGUGCCCAACCUGCCGUGCCCAUCCCUGUGCCCAGCCCUGCUUCGUGCCCAGCCUACCGUGCCCAACCCUACGUGCCCAGCCUACAGGUGCCCCAGCCCUGCGUUGCAACCCUCUCCGUGCCCUUCCCUGCCGUGCCCAGCCCUGUGA